AUGUUAGCACCGAGUCGCAGCACCCGUCAAGCGCGGCACGUCGUCUUGACGGUCACUGUUUUUGUCCUCCUCUACCUCUUCCUCCUACGCAGCCCCUCGGUCGAGAACGAGGCGGCCUUCCUGCGGCAUCACAUGAACGCCGACCCGCCAGAGCACACUCUCGUCAAGAGCUCCUUCGACUGGUCCUCGGUCCAGUUCGCCCAUGUGCCGCCACCCCUCGACCCGCCGGCGCCGCCGCUGGCGACGCGCCGCUCGGCCAACAUGCCGCGCAUCCAGCACGUCUUCACCGACGACGACGACGAGACGCACGCCGCCGCCCGCCUCCGCGAGAGCCGGCGGCGCAAGGUCCGCGACGUCUUCGCGCGCGACUGGCAGAGCUACCGCGCGCACGCCUGGCUCCAGGACGACCUCAACCCCGUGUCGGGCACGGGCAAGGACCAGUUCUCCGGGUGGGCGGCGACGCUCGUCGAUGCGCUCGACACGCUCUGGAUCAUGGGGCUGCGGGUCGAGUUUGACGAGGCCGUCGACGCCGUGGGCCGCAUCGACUUUGGCGCCUCGACCCACGGCCGCGUCAACAUGUUCGAGACGACGAUCCGCUACCUCGGCGGCCUGCUCGCGGCCCACGACCUCUCGGGCCGCCCCGUGCUGCUGGCCAAGGCCGUCGAGCUCGGCGACCUGCUGCUCGCCGGCUUCAACACGCCCGACGGCCUGCCCGUGGACUUUCUCGCCUUUGCGCGCGCCAAGACGGGCGAGGGCCUCGCCGUCGAGCCGUGGGUCGUCGCCGCGUCGCCCGGCACCCUCAGCCUCGAGAUGACGCGCCUGUCGCAGGUCACGGGCGACGCGCGCUACCACGAGGCCGUGACGCGCGUCAUGCGCCUGUUCGAGGCCCAGCAGAGGAAGACGCGGCUGCCGGGCCUCUGGCCCAUGUGGGUGUCCAUGGCGCACAAGGACGUCAGCGCGCGGGACGAGUUCACGCUCGGCGGCAACGGCGACUCGCUGUUCGAGUACCUGCCCAAGAUGCACGCGCUGCUCGGCGCCGACGAGGCCAUGUACGCCGGCAUGACGCGGCGGUUCGUCCAGGCGGCCGACGACGCGCUCUUCUUCCGCCCCAUGGUGCCGGACCAGGCCGACAUUCUCAUCGCGGCCGCCGCGCGCGUCAGUCCCGACGGCGCCGUGACGCGGGGCACCGAGAGCGAGCACCUCGCCUGCUUCCUCGGCGGCACCUUCGCCCUCGCCGGACGCCUGCUGCGGAUGCCGGCGGCCGUCGAGACGGGGGUGCGGCUCGCGCGCGGGUGCGCCUACGCCUACGGCGCCUUCGCGUCGGGCAUCAUGCCGGAGCGCUUCGACAUGGUGCCGUGCCCGACGCGGGCCGCGUGCGCGUGGGACGAGGCGCUGUGGGCGGACGCGGCGCGGCGCGACGCCGGCACCCCGACGGCGUGGAAGGGCGAGCUGCCGCGCGGGUUCACGACGGCCAAGGACCCGCGCUACAUCCUCCGGCCCGAGGCCAUCGAGAGCGUCUUCGUCAGCUACCGCGUCACCGGCGACGCGGCGCUGCAGGACACGGCGUGGGCCAUGUUCGAGGCCGUCGCCAACGGGCCGGCCGCCGCCUUCGGCCACGGGUCUGUCAAGGACGUCACGGUGCCGCAGGGCGAGCUGGUGCGGGAGGAUUACAUGGAGAGCUUUUGGCUGGCUGAGACGCUCAAGUACUUCUACCUCGUCUUCUCGCCGCCCAAUGUUAUCAGCUUGGAUGAGUUUGUGCUCAACACCGAGGCCCACCCUUUGCGAAUGCCGAGCUGA